GAAUAACCAGCCGGAAAUAUCCGGACCUAUCCAGAAUACUGCCGUGCAGAAAAUGCUGCUGGAGACUAGCGAGUCUUUGAACCGCCACAUCGAGAGCGAGAACACUACUAUAAGCGAGGUGUUUGAGUCAUUCCGGAAGAACUGCCAUGACAUGCUUGACCAGCUCUCAGAGGCUCAGAAGGCACGGAUUAGAUUAUGCCAGCAACAGAUGGAAGGUAUUCGCAAACAUCAUUCCAAGAUCUGCGAGGAACUGGUUCACCGGAUGGAAAGAGAUGAGAAGCGAUUUCAGAAGCUCCUCGGCAUCAAUUAAACUUCUAGAUAUAGUUUCAAGCGAUCUUGCAUAACUAUGGCAUCUGACGUCAACAAGAAGUUCGCGAUGGAAGAGAAGCUUU